GCUAUACUCAACAUACCCUCUGUGUCUUUACCGAAAACAACGUACUCUCUCUUCUCCCCCCUCACUUGUAGCCUUUUGUGCUCAACAUUCUCUCUCUCUCUCUCUCUCUCUACCAAAAACAACGUCCUCUCUCUUCCCCCCCUCGUAGCAUAUUGUGCUCCUCUCUCUCUCUCUCUCUACCUCCCCCACUAGUCAGAAAGUUUUAAUUUGUGGUGUCUUUGAAAACAAAAUGGCAGAGGUACUAACCGAAGAACAGAUUGUUGAGUUCAAAGAAGCCUUUUGUCUGUUCGACAAGGAUGGAGAUGGUUGCAUUACCAUUGAUGAACUGGCCACGGUCAUUAGGUCACUGGAUCAAAAUCCAACCGAAGAAGAACUUCAGGAUAUGAUCAGCGAAGUUGAUUCGGAUGGAAAUGGGACCAUAGAGUUUGCUGAGUUUUUGACUUUGAUGGCCAAAAAAACGAAGGAGACUGAUGCGGAGGAGGAGCUUAAGGAGGCGUUCAAAGUGUUUGACAAAGAUCAGAAUGGCUAUAUAUCAGCUAAUGAGUUGAGGCAUGUUAUGAUCAAUUUAGGUGAAAAGCUUACCGAUGAGGAGGUGGAUCAGAUGAUUAAAGAGGCUGAUUUGGACGGUGACGGCCAGGUUAAUUACGACGAGUUUGUUAAAAUGAUGAUGAACGUGGGGUGAAAAAACAAUCCCAGGCGAUCGGAUCGAAGAUGCCGCACUCAGAAUUCAUUGAAUUAUAACAUCUUUAACUCCAUAAGAAAUUUGCAUUCAUUUUUAGUAAUGUUGUUGCUGUGGUUAUGUAGCCAGCCAACCACGGAUCAUGACCACAAAUUAGAAUGACCUGAAAAAUCACUAUUUCAUUUUUGUUCAAAGCUGAAUUGUAUUCUUUCUUUUCUACUCCAGAAGUUGUUUAAAUAUGUUUUUU